UCUACUAACCAGAAAAUCUACUCAUCUCUUUCCUUCAAUGAUUAACGCACAACCCCAAGUGCUCUUAGUAACAUUCGCUUCCCAAGGCCACAUUAACCCUUCCCUUCAAUUCGCCAAAACACUCAUCAACAACGGCGUCCACGUCACCUUCAUGACGGCCUCCUCCACCAUGCACCAAUUCACCAAAACCUCCGGCCCCCAAGGCUUGUCCUACGCCUAUUUCUCAGAUGGUAACCAAAGUGUCUUUCAACUCACCGGUAAUAUCAACCAUUACUUGUCAGAGACUAAGCGUCACGGCACUCAAUCCUUAAGAGAAUUUCUUGCUGAUCAGGGCUCCCGCUUUACUUCCAUCGUUUACUGUACUCUUCUUCCUUGGGUGGCAACGGUGGCGCGUGAAUUUAACAUCCCGGCCACGCUCCUUUGGUUCCAACCCGCUAGUCUUUUGAACAUCUUUUACCAUUACUUCAAGGGAUACGAAGAGAUGAUUACAAAGAACAUCGACGACCCCACGUUUUCGGUGAAAAUGCCCGGGUUGCCACCGCUUUCUCGCCGCGAUUUGCCUUCGUUUUUCACUCCACCGAAUCCACAUGUUGUGCCACUCCAAACAUUUAAAGAACAUGUACAAGUUCUCGAUCAACAAACCAACCCAAGAGUUCUAGUCAACACAUUCGAUCUAUUAGAACCCGAGGCUAUAAAAGCAGCUGAAAAUUGCUACAAUUUGAUCGGCGUCGGACCACUAAUGCCAUCUGCUUUUUCAAAGGAGUGUAGGGAAAUGGAAUGGCUGAGCACAAAGCCUGAAAGAUCAGUCAUAUACGUGUCAUUUGGAAGCCUUUCCACGUUGGAGAAAUCACAGAUGGAAGAAGUAGCCAAGGGGUUGCUUGAAGCUGGCCGUCCAUUUUUAUGGGUGAUAAGGGAAAAUAGUGGAGAAGAAAAUGAAGCAUUGAGUACUAGCCAAAAUGAAUUGGAAAAGCAAGGGAUGAUAGUGGCAUGGUGCUCACAAGUGGAAGUUCUUUCCCAUCCAUCUGUUGGGUGUUUUUUGACUCACUGUGGAUGGAACUCAACGUUUGAAAGCUUGGUUUCAGGGGUUCCAAUGGUGACAUUUCCACAGUGGGUGGAUCAAGGGACAAACUCCAAGCUUGUCCAAGAUGUAUGGAAGACAGGUGUACGGCUGAGAGAGAAUGGAGAAGGAAUAGUUGAAGGUUGCGAGAUAAAAAGAUGCUUGGAAAUGGUGAUGGGAGGUGAAGAAAUUAGAGAGAAUGCCAUGAAAUGGAAGGAUUUGGCAAAAGAAGCCGUCCAAGAAGGUGGGUCUUCGUAUAAAAAUAUCGAAGCCUUUGUACAAGAGCUUACAAAUAAUCCUAGUUGAAACGUUCGACUUAUUGGUGGUAAUUACUAAGUACUAAACAAGGAACAAAAAUCUUAUGUCCCUUUAUCAGCAGCCCUUGAUUUGCUGCUUUCCUUGUUGCUUUGAAGUGAAUUUUGUGUUUCUUCAUCUUUCUUUCUUCCU